AUGCGUAAAAGAUUAGGAGCCUUGCAUGCAGAUUCCCUUGAAGAGUAUAUUUAACUAGCCAAAAUGUCCUGGCAAUAAGAACUAGUAUAUUAUGGGACACAAUAAGAAAUUGCGGGCUAGUAGAGAGGACUUGAUAAUUCAGAAAAAGACACAAAUACUUCAUCCUUUGAGGAGGAAUAAGAGAAGAAGGAGCAGAGCAACAUCAAUGUAUUAGUUGUAGACAAUCUCGAUAAAAUUGACCAAGUGUUUAAAUAUUGUGGAGCAUUUAGAAAGCCUAAGAAAAAUUAUCAUUUGGAGUAUUGUUCGAAAUUGGAAUUUUCAGAGUCCAAGGAGACUCAUUUUCAUUUUUGGAUAAUAAACUCCUCGAGUGUCAAAUAUUCAGAACUGAUUGACGUUUAUUACAGAACCGCUGAUUGUUAUGUUUAUUUGAAUAAGAAAUCUAAGGAACAUCAAUUUUUAAGAUUUCUUGAGAAGGUUAAAUUGCUAAAUAAGAACAAAAAUAAAAAGAUAUUUAAAAUUGGAAACUGUAGAAGAAUUAGUAGCAUUUAAAAUAUAUAAACUAUAAAUGAGAACCAAGUAGUAAAAAUUCGAAAUUUAUAGGAAGGAUUAAAGGGAGUAAGAGAAUAAUAUUUUUGAUUGAGUUUGUAUUAGUUAGGCAUUUUUAUCAAAUGUGGGAUGAAAA